AUCAGACUUCAGUCAUUUGCUACUCUCCAGCGCUGCUUUGUAGAAAAACAUAACCGCCUCUGUUCAACAGGCAUCAAGCCAGGAAAAAUGUCACAAUGACAGUUCAAGGCACAAGUCAGCGGGCGGCUUUCCAAACAUGACAAAAAAUAUUUUUAGACUAGUUGAAAGAGGUUCAGCACAAUUACAUCACUGGCAUCAUUUUGGUGCAGUGACUGAUGCUAGAUUCAGACUUCACACAUUCAUGCUAUAUCUAUUCAGGUACAGUGUGCUGCCGCAGUAGAUGUGAUCGCCCAAUUCUAACUGAUGAGACAAUCAAUUUCAAUCAUCGAUUGAUUGAGAGAAUCGGUCAGGUGAGUUUACGUUCCUGUAGGAACGGGCAUCUUGGCAUUUUACGAUCUAGUGACAAAUUAAACGUUUCAACCUGAGAAGAUCAGAUGUCCCAGACUUCCAACUCUGGUUAGAUUAAUUUUUUAUCCACUUUUUAACCUAAACAUGACGUGUUAUAUUUAAAUUAACAUGUUUAUAUUAUCAUUUUAUUUUAUGAUUUUUUUUUUUUUAGUUAGGCUUACAUUUUAUAUAAAUCUGUUAUCUAAAAAGUUUGAAAUUGGCACAACAGCGCCCCCUUCUUCUCCAACGCUCAUUAAAGACCACUGUGCGUGUGAUCAGAUGUGGUUUUGCAUCGCGCCAACACAAGGUGAGCUCGAACUCUGAAAUCAUUUGUAUUUACAGUAGAUGUUGACGGGAAGUUGUAAAUGUACUGGAAAAUACUGAGAAAACAUUCAUAACGUCACGAAAGCACCGAGGGAAGCCAGCUGUUUUAAUUAGCUCGUUUGCUAGCAGGUUGUGGAGGAAGCUAGCGAGCUACCAGCUAACCAACGGCUAGCGAGCUACCAGCUAACCAACGGCUGGGCCGUUAAUGCUUGCUCCGGAGCGUGUACUGCUUUUUGCAGUAAGCUUUGUGUUUUUACUUCACAGUAGUCACACUUUGUAACUUGUGUAUUGUGUGUCGUGUGCCAUAGAUAUAUUAAAUUACACGAAAAGCAAGUACGCUGAAGUUGGUAUCUGUCAAAUAUGUUCUGUUGGAAUUGGGAGUUUUCUCAGUUUGGUCGUUGUUGUGAGUGAGCGUCAGUUACAGCACAGGUUUUUCAGUAGAAGCUGCAUCACCGCCCUGCUGCACCGCUGUAUCUCUCCGCCUUCACCUGUGGCUGCGUGCAUGUGGAAGCUGCCACCUCCUGCCAGCCCCUUAAGACUGAUGAGAGGACGGCGGUGGACGCUGCGGACAGAAACGGCUGCGUCAGAGCAAAAGGACGCAAACGCCACGGCCAUCGCAGGCUCAGGAGGUCAUAAAGGCAACCGCUCAUAGAAAGUGCUGAAGGACUGGUUCUGUGUGAUGGAGGCAGAUGAUCAGAAAGGACUAAAGAACCAAUGGCUUCCAGCCCUUCCUUUGAUGAGGAACUCUCGCCUCGGCCCAAGGCGAAGAAGAAGAAGAAGAGAAAGUCAGAACGCAAGAGAAAAAGGAAAAGGUCACGUUCCCGCAGCUUGUCGCCCCUGAGGAAGAAGAAAAAGAAGAAGAAGAAGAGCUCAAAAAAGAACAAGCGGCACAGGUAUUCCUCCAAGAAGUCAAAGCACAGCUCUUCAAGUCUAAAACAUAAGAGGAAGGAUGAGCGCAAGCACAAGAAAAGUUCACGGACCCACUCGCGCCGGAGACGAAGCUAUCGGAGGUCGGAGUCGGACGGCUCCUGCUGCCAGUCUUCCACAGAGGACAGACACUAUUUGCAAAGCGCUGUGGUCCACCAGCCGUUGGGAGGACUGGCAGCUGCAGCAGAAGAAGCCAAGCACACGGACGUGAAGUGGAGACCUGCAACCAAAUCAGUGUGUAAAACGGCUCCAAAAUAUCGCUCCAUCCUCUCAACCAGCACCAUUUCCUCAACCAAACCUGGAAGCGAACUUUUGCACGGAAAAGGGCCUCAGCACUUACGGAGCAACAGCGAAGGUCCACGCGAUUACGAUUCUGGGAAUGACACGUCCUCGCCGCCUUCGAGCAAAACUAGUGUUUCUCGGGCGAUUGUUGCUGAUAAGAAGAACCGCUGUCAGCGUGUGGCCUCAGAAGAGAAGCUCAAGUUCACUGACAGAGAUAAUGGCUCAGAUUCAGGAAACUCUGUGACCAGCUACGCCUCCUUGUGCAGACCUUAUGGGGAGGAAGGCCUUUUAAGUGGAAAUGGCACGAGAGAGCAGAUAACCUUGGGCUGUCGGGUGGAGGCGGUGAGAUCUCCAAAGGCUUCCAGCUGUUCACGGGGGGCGAGCGAGUCGUCGCGAAGGCAGCUGGAAACCCGAUCAUCCAGCAGCAGGAGCAGAAGCAGAUCGUCUGGGAGCUCCAGAUACUCCAGACACCACUCCCGCAGCCCGUCUCUAUCUUGCAGUUCAUAUUCUCGGUCGAGUUACUCCUCCGACCCGAGGCGACGAGGCAGCGUGGUCAGCCUGAGCUCCAGAGGAAGCUACUCCAGACACAGCGCAGACAGACUACGGGACAGAAAAAGAGCAUCUAGCUCCAGAGAGACAGAUGUGAAGUAUGCACAUAAGGUUAGUGGGAAGAGACGGAGACGCAAAUCUUACUCUCCUAUGAAGAAGAGGAGGAGAGACUCGCCAAGCCAUCUGGAAGCACGGCGAAUCACAAGUGCCAGAAAGCGGCCCAUUCCAUACUUCCGCCCCAGUCCGUCCUCCAGCAGUCGCUCCACCAGCGUGUCGUCCUGGAGCAGCCUCUUCAGCCGCAGUCGCAGCCUGAUCCACAGCGUCAGCCGCAGCCGCAGCCGCAGCCGGAGCCACAGUUACGCGUCCUACAGGAGCUACAGCCGUAGUUCAUCCUGGAACUCCAUCUUUGGGACCCGCAGUCGCAGCCGCAGCCGUGGAUCAUUGAACAAACGCAACAAAACCAGGCACUAGCUGGAGAUUGAAGCAGAAACACGUGUGUGUGUGUGUGUGUGUGUGUGUGUGUGUGUGUGUGUGUGUGUGUGUGUGUGUGUGUGUGUUCCAUACCCACAGACUGAAUGUCUUUGUUUGCUUUCUUCUGCAUCCUCCUGAUUCAGCGUUCAAAAUGGCCUGAGACUGUUCUUUUCGAUUAUACAAAAGCAAGAAUGACUUCAGAGGAGCUUUGUUCUUGCUGUUCGUCAGCUGACGUUGCCAUAAGUUCCUGUGUUUAUUUUAUUAGGUCUAGUCUGUUAUAGACAUAAUGCAGAUCCAGUAAACCGGCAAUACAAAGGAACGUACCGGACCGUCCCUCGUCGUUAUUUAUGUGCAUUGCACCCAGAGGUAAGGUCACAUUUGAGCCAUUUGAUCAAUGUGUUUGCAAAUGGCUCCGGAUGGAUUGUUGGGAAAAAGGGGAACGGAUUAUUGCUCUGAUCUCAGCACUUCACACGGUGGAGAGCGAACAUGUUUCCUCUGAAAAAUGAAACAAUGAGGGCGUCCCGACAGCGAGCAAACUGCCUGUCAGCUCAAAUGUCAAAUUAAUUUAUCCUCUGAUCAAGUGGAAAACAAUUGAAAUGUCAGUCCAUGCAACGCAACAGAGAGCAAUCAAAACAGAGCGUGGGGACAGGGAGGCGCGUGGACCAGCGCUGCACCGCGUCACAGGAAGCGCCAUGCUUUCACGGCAAACACGCGCUAGACAGGAAGUCACACCUUCAGCUGUCUGUAAUUAUUAUUGUGUGUCAGAUGGAAGAGCAGAUCUCAUCUGUUUGCAGCAUUUUAAACAUCAUUUAUUUAGUAAUAAGUCAUUUACUUGAAUAGUGUUUUCUUGCUGCAGUAUGUAUCUUGAACCAAACACAUGCAUCUUCUGUUUUUGUUGCUGUUUUGUGCAGCAUCAUACAUAUUUAUUACUUAUUUAAUAUUUAUUGUCCUCCCUGGUACUGGUCAAUUUUUCUAUGCAACACUGUCAACUGUUGUUAUUGUUAUUCUAAAACGUCUGCUCAUUAAUCCCGGACGCGUUUUCCUGCUUUGAGUUUGUGUUUGUUUUUUUAAUGUCUUGUUUUCUUGCCAAGUGUUCAAUGAGAAGCUCAACACCAGCGUCAUUAGUUUGUUAAAUAUGAAGCUUGUAGGUCUAACUUCGCUGAACAGACGCUGUUUACCCACAGGUGUGAGUGACAUCGAUCUUCAUCUCUUACUCUUGGCAAGAAAGCAAGUAGGCACAUUUCUCAAAUUGUCAAACUGUUCCUUUAAUAUUAAUUUCAAAACUGCAAAAAGUUUAACGGAAGUUCUGCUUUUUCGUAUAAUCAAGAGAUUUAUCUUUCAGAAUGAUUUUUAAUCCAUCAUCCUGGCUGUAGAACUGCUCCAGGCCUGACAGACUGCUCUCUAUGCACUCAAUACUCAACUUAUUUUCCUGAAUGUCAUCCAAAUUGUACAAAUGAGGGAAAUAUGACACUGGAAAAGGAAAGAACUUGGCACAGAGCUCCUCCAUAAACUAUGAACUGAUGCCGACUGGAGUCAGCGGAUGAUUUGUGUCGUCGCGCUGAUGAACUUUGAUGAACCCGUCUCACAGUGGACGUCUACGUUGGCUCCUGUGGAAAAUAAUUUCCUAUAUGUAAUUACUGUGGUGUAAAUACGCAUCGGCAGCGUAUAAAUUAUUCUAAAUGUGUUAUUAUGAGUUACAGAAUGUGAUUUGGGAUUUGCUGGAUGUUAAAUUGUUGGUUCGGAGGAGAUAAUCUCCCCAUUAGACAUCAGUCGGUGGAAUCUAGACGUCUUUGUGCUUUAAUCCAUCUGAACAUUUGUUAUUUUGAAUUUCCCAGUAACAAGGUCAUAGCAGUAGAGCUUUGGGUGUUAAAUGAUGCGUACUCCUCCUGUUUUCCGUAUGAGCGAGCAUAUUGCAGAAGCAUAUGUUUUUCAUACUGUCACAUGUUAUCUUGUGUCAGUGUGGGCUGCACAUUGUAAUAAUGUGUCACCUGGAAAUUGAAUUGUCCCCGCCACAACCCCGUGAAAUCCAGUCCCCUCCACUGCGUGUUCAGAAUGAGCGACAUAAAACCAAGCUCUGAAUAAACGCCGGUGCAGUCGUGUGUUCUAUUGUGAAUGCGGUUCUUUUACGCGUGUUUCUCGAGGUAAAUACAGACGUUCUUGCCAAAUCUGA